GCCGGCAGAUGCGCCGCGCAGCGCCAUCUCUGGGCGCAUCAGCGGCAGCGCGCCAGGUGUCCCGGCCCGCGACCGCCGCGCCUCAGUCCGCUACCACGCGCUGUCGGGAACAUACGUCUGUACGGCUUCACGCCGCAACUACACGCGCGCGUUUCGAAUACCGGUUCGCAAGUGACCACUUUGUGAGUGACUCCCAGUGAAACUCAGUGUACAGUGCUGUGAUGGAUUGCGAAUCCCGUACUUGCUGACCGACGGCCUAGGCCGGCCUGCGAUAUAUGCUCCAGCGCCGCUGGCCCGGUCGCGCCAGUAUGCGCGCCCCUGCGGUGCUGCUUGCCCUGCUAGGGUUUCUACCCCAGGUGCUGACGUCUGGUUUCUUCGAACUUAGGAUAAAAAGUUUUACCAACCCGUUGGGUAGGUUAAGUAGUGGCCAGUGUUGUGAUGGUUCCUCAAGUAGUAGUGAUGCGCCUUGCCUGGCGCCGUGCAGGACUAAAUUCCGCGUGUGCCUCAAGAUUUACCAAGCGAAUAUCGAUACGACAUCACCUUGUACCUUCGGUGAUAUCACGACCCCAGUGCUAGGAGGAAACUCUUUGGAUGUACCGAACCUUAACGUGAAAGGAUUCACCAAUCCCAUCGUGUUCCCGUUCGAUUUUACGUGGCCGGGCACUUUCUCGCUCAUAGUCGAAGCGUGGCACGACACCAACGAGACGUCGAGAUCUGACGACACACUAAUCGCCCGCAUGACGAAGCAGAGCAUCGCCGACGUGGGAGGGCCUUGGGUUGAGGAGGAGCAGCGCUGGAGCUCGGGCCCGCACCUGCGGCUGUCGUAUCGCGUGACCUGCGCGGAGCACUACUACGGCUCGGGCUGCGAGGUCCUCUGCCGGCCGCGAGACGACGGCUUCGGCCACUACAGCUGCUCACCCAGCGGCGCCAUCGUCUGCCUCGCUGGCUGGCAAGGGGAAUAUUGCCAGAAACCGCGCUGCCUGCCCGGCUGCGACACGGACCACGGCCACUGCCUCAAGCCCGACGAGUGCAUUUGCCACUCGGGCUGGGUGGGCGAGCUGUGCGACCAGUGCGAGCGGCACCCGGGCUGCGUGCAUGGCACCUGCUCUAAGCCCUGGGGCUGCGAUUGCGAGGAGGGCUGGGGCGGCCUGUUCUGCAACCAGGACCUCAACUACUGCACCAAUCACCGACCGUGCCGCAACGGCGGCACGUGCCACAACACCGGCCAGGGCAGCUACACCUGCGCUUGCCCGCCCGAGUACACCGGCCCCGAUUGCGAGAAGUCUCUGCACUCGUGCGCCGUGCGACCGUGCCUCAACGGCGGGGCCUGCGUGCCGGAUGAGGGCGGCGAAUUGGCCUGUGCUUGCCCGGCGGGUUAUGAGGGCGCACGCUGCGAAACUCGCCGACUGACCUGCGCCGACCGACCGUGCCGACACGGCGGCACCUGCGAGCCCCGCGUCACAGGCUACACCUGCCUGUGCCCGCCCGGCUACGCCGGCGCCGACUGCGAUCUAGAGGCCGACCCUUGCGCUGCGGCGCCAUGCCGCAACGGGGCCACCUGCACGCGCGCCGGUGACGGCUUUCGCUGCUCCUGUCGUGCCGGCUUCCGCGGCAACCGAUGUGAGAUCGACAUCGACGACUGCGCGGGCGUCACCUGCGAGCACGGCGGCACCUGUGUGGACUUGAUAGACGGACAACGAUGCCAAUGCGCCCCCGGAUUUUUAGGCCAACGCUGUGAAACUCGAGUCGACCUAUGCUUAGCCAAGCCUUGCGCGAAUGGCGGGGAAUGCCUAGUACUAGAUAAUGAUUACGAAUGCCGGUGCAGGCCCGGCUUCGCCGGAAAAGACUGCAGUGUAGAUGUAGACGAGUGUGAGUCAUCACCGUGUCGGAACGGGGGCACGUGCCGUGACCGCGUAGAUGGGUUCCUCUGCUCGUGCGCGCCCGGCUGGAGCGGUCGCGCCUGCACCGUCUCCCUGGCAGAUUUAGUAGCGGGCGUAAACAUGCCGCGUGUCGGCGGAGAGACUCCAGAACAAGACACGUUAUCGGGGCGGCACGUGGCUUUGAUCGCGGCACUAUCGGCGGCAGUGCCGGCGGUGGCGCUGGCGGCGGCGGUGGCCGUGGCGUGCAUACGAAGGAGACGCAAGCGCGCACAGCACGCGGCGGACGCGGAGGCGCGCGCGCAGAACGCCGCGAACGCGGGCGGCGGCGGGCGCGUGAUCCGCAACACGUGGGGCAAGUGCGACGUGCCGGCGCCCGAGUGCCAGAACGCGCACAACGCGGCGGCGGAAGAGUGCAAGCGCAAGACGCUCAACACGGAGAGCGCGGCGCGGCUGCUGGCCGCGCUAGACCCGCGCCUCUCGCGGCUGUCGCAGGACUCCGCGUAUUGCGCCAAUAGCGAUACGUCGCUAGUGAAGCGAGCGCUAGAAGGCGGAGGGGUGUACGUCCUGGACGACCAUUGCCUACCGCCGACGUUCGCGACGCAAGUGUAGUGCAGACAUUAACUUAUUUAUUGGACGCUAACGCGAACUUGGCUGUGCGCCGCGUGUAUAUAUAGCGUAAAGUGUAAAGUGACAUCUGUAUAAACGGCUAGAUUAAGUUCCGAUGUAUUUAUUUGUGCGAUCCGUGAGCCCCUGUAAAUAGUAACGGCGGAGCGGAUCGUUUUUCCGCCUCAUAUCGUCGCGCGUCGCCCGAAACGCGCUAUUCGAUCUUUUGACUAGUAGAUAACUAAGUGAAAGAUUAUACGGUGCAAAGUUGCCUGUCCAGCGAAGCGGUGGCGGGUGACCGCGCCGGGCGGCAAGGCUGCGCCGGGCGCGGCGCGGGCGAGGACCGCGCGCGGCGAGAGGCCGGGUGGCGAGGUCCACCGUCUGCGAUCUCUGUAGGUAACCGGUGCGAAGCGCGCUCGGGCAGUGACGGUCCACUGCGCGACCGCGCCGCUCCAGAAACGAUACUGAUUCCUGAACUAACCCUAUUUAUUCAUGUCACUAUCACAUUAACGUUUUUGGACGUUAACGCGCACGUGAUCAAAGACCACUAAAAUAGGCUGUGAACUUUUCACGUUGCUGCCAAAUUAUGCUCUCCGUAUCGCUUCUCCGAGCUUCUCACCAUUUCUAAACUGUCCCUCUCUAGACUCGCACCAGUAUAGAAGCCAAAACGUGCGUAAAAUAAGAUUUUAGACUAAUUUAUAAAAAAAACGCGAAUCACGCGUUAAUCAGUUUUAUACAUAUAUUAUUUUGUGAUUGACUAAUUAUUGUCAUAUGUUCCUAUAAUUAUGAUGAUUGGUAGUUAUUUCUGAUUUAAAAAAUCUUGUUCCGGUUUUCUUUAAAAUCGACAUAGAUUUUUUUCCCGUUGUUUCGCUUCCUAGCUGAAGUACAGUAGCACGAGCGCGUGGCCGGGGACGUUCGCGCCGCCUCGCCGGAGGCCGCGCGAUCGGCCCCGGACACAACGGAUGCCAACAAACAAACAUCACGCACGUAAUUAGUCCAUAGGUUAAAAUAACUUGAGUACUUAUAAGAACAAAAUGUCGAAACCUAAGUCAUUGUGUAUAAAAACUAUUAAGUUUUAGUGAUUUAAGUAUAUUCUCCAUUACUUUUGUAAGAGUACUGUGACAAUAUAAUGGUGAUCAGGCAACAUAGGACGCUGGUCUGGCUAUUUAUUGGCUCGGCGCGCCGCUGCGCGCCACCCCGGGCUGCUGCGCGCCGACCCCACUUUAUGCAUUUUACAGUAUUUGCACUUUACGUGCCUAUGUCGAAAAUUUAAAGGGUCAUACGUGUUAUGUGUAAAACGUUGUACGAUACACGUGCGAAUAGAUAAUUCGCGACUCAUGUCGAUUUUAAACACCGGUCGUGUUUUAAUAUAUCGCAACUCGUUGAGAAUUUCCUACUUUUCGCACUUGUAUCGUAACGUGCUAUUAUGAAAUCUUAUCACAUUCAAUUAAGUACCAUUUCUCGAGCAGAUGUAUUAUAUGGUAGGGAGAUGUUACCUCUUAUGUUGCCUUUUCGACUGGAAUGUAGAUUAUAAAGGUUAGAUCGACAAAAUUGUAAAAUUUAUAUCAAACUAUGAAUAGACUGAUGAUCAAUAAUAAUGUUCUUGUAUUUAAUUUUGUAUGAUGACAAAAUGUAAGUUUAAAUUAUGUGAAAAUAGAACAUAUUACCCGAACAAUUGUAUUAAAAUAGUAUCAUAAUUUUGUACUUAAAAUUGAUCUUGGUAAAAUGUCACUUUCAUUUUUCUUUUUGAUGAUAUUUUAAGAAUAAUGUUUCAGACCAAUAAAAUUACAGUAUAUUUUAAUUAUUAUUUAUUACAAUUUACGAUUAUUGUGGAUAUGCUUAAAUUUUAUUAAACGUCUUAUUUAAUUAUUAUUUUUGAACAUAUUUACAAUUGACUGAAGAUAAAUUUGCUUCUUGAUUUCUAUUUUGGACUUAGUUUUUAUCGGGAAGAUAUUUAUAAAAAAGUUUGUGAGUAUACUGAAAGAUAAAAAUAAUAAAUCAUUCCAUUUCUUAUUUAAGUAACUUUAUGUUUUUAAUAUCUUGUUGUAAUUUCGCUAUUUUCUUAGGCUGUUUAUUUUGCAUGUGAACUUAGUGAUACCAUCUUAAUGCUUAGUCCCAGGUGGACAAUUCCUUCUUUCCUGUCUUACCUUUGAGUAUAUUCACAUGGCGCAAUUCUGAAAGAAAAAUGAAAGCAGUCCUUGCAUUAGGACAUGAAUUAAUUCCAUAAAUAGAUCCUAUCAAAAUAAAAGUCAUUAUAUUGCUACUACGGUGAUAAAUUUGCCAGCGAGUGUUUGCGAUGAAUGUGUAUAUGUGCAGUGAUACAAUGAGAAAUAAAAUGUUAAUAAACAAUUGUUUACAAAAGAUUAAAA